AAUCAUAAAAGGGUUGUAGCUGAAUAGAAAUGUGUUGAUCUUACUUUUUCGGGAAGCAAACUUUGACUUUUGUUUAUAUAGCUCAAUAACCUUGAAUUGGAUUCGUACCAACUAUUUUGUUUCCAAACCAUCACUUCCAAGCAUGGGUGUUAGUAGCUAUUUAAAAGGAAUAUACCGUAAAGUUUCUGGUAAAAAGAAACCCGAGAAAGAUGAAAAGCAAAGUGGCUUGGAUGAUCUCAAACAGGAGCUGGAUAUGGAUGAGCACAAAAUAUCUCUUGAGGAGUUGUAUUCUCGAUUAUCUACCGAUCCUGAAAAUGGUCUGAAAAGUGAAGAUGUCAAGGUUCGAUUAGAGCGUGAUGGACCGAAUGCAUUAACACCACCAAAAACAACUCCAGAAUGGGUAAAAUUCUGCAAAACACUCUUUGGUGGAUUUUCAAUGCUUCUUUGGAUUGGUGCUAUUCUUUGCUUUAUCGCGUAUGGAAUUCAAAGAAGUUCGGGUGAUGACGAUACAAAGGAUAAUUUGUAUCUUGGUAUCGUCUUGUCAGCUGUGGUUGUGAUUACCGGUUGUUUUUCGUAUUAUCAAGAGUCGAAAUCAUCACGUAUCAUGGAUUCAUUUAAAAAGAUGGUUCCACAAACUGCUCUUGUAAUACGAGAUGGUAAAAAGAUUGAAAUCGAAGCACAAUAUUUAGUCGUAGGCGAUAUAACUGAAGUGAAAUUUGGUGAUCGUGUUCCAGCAGAUAUACGCAUUAUUACAGCUAGUUCAUUCAAGGUGGAUAAUUCUGCAUUGACUGGUGAAUCUGAACCGCAGUCACGUACACCAGAGUUUACAAAUGACAAUCCCUUGGAAACGAAAAAUUUGGCUUUUUUCUCAACAAAUGCUGUAGAUGGCACAUGUCGUGGUAUUGUUAUCUGUACAGGUGAUCGAACUGUAAUGGGUCGUAUUGCGAACUUAGCCUCUGGUUUAGAGCUUGGCGAAACUCCAAUACACAAGGAAAUCAGUCAUUUUAUUCAUAUAAUCACAGCAGUUGCGGUGUUUCUUGGCGUUUCAUUUUUCAUUAUUGCUUUCAUUUUGGGAUAUCAUUGGCUUGAAGCUGUCAUCUUUUUGAUUGGUAUUAUUGUCGCAAAUGUCCCUGAAGGUCUUUUGGCUACCGUUACGGUAUGCUUAACACUGACUGCUAAACGCAUGGCUAGUAAAAAUUGUCUGGUAAAGAAUUUAGAAGCAGUUGAAACUCUUGGUUCAACAAGUACUAUCUGUUCCGAUAAAACUGGUACACUGACACAGAAUCGUAUGACUGUAGCUCAUAUGUGGUUUGAUAACACAAUUUUCGAUGCCGACACAACAGAAGAUCAGUCAGGUACAAGUUUCGAUAAGUCUUCUCCAACAUGGACAGCUUUAUCUUGUAUUGCCAUGUUAUGCAGCCGGGCGGAAUUCAAAGCAGGGGAAGAAGAGAAGCCUGUUUUGAAGAGAGAGUGUAACGGUGAUGCUUCAGAAUCUGCAAUACUCAAGUGUACUGAACUUUGUGUUGGCAAUGUCAGUGAUUAUAGAAGUAGAAAUCCUAAAAUUUUGGAAAUUCCAUUUAACUCAACAAAUAAAUAUCAGGUCCAUCUGGAGUCCUGUCUUCGUUGCCAGCCUCUUCAGCCAGUUUGUUGGUUUUCGCCUCUAUCCAUUCACGAAACUGAUGAUGACGAUGAUCGUUUAUUGUUAGUAAUGAAAGGUGCACCUGAACGUAUUCUUGAUCGAUGUGGAACAAUUCUAAUCAAUGGUAAAGAAGAAGUCAUGGAUGAUACAAAACGUGAACAGUUCAACACAGCCUAUUUAGAAUUAGGUGGAAUGGGUGAAAGAGUACUUGGAUUCUGUGAUUAUCGUUUACCAGCUGAAACUUAUAAUAAGGACUAUGAUUUCAACGUUGAUGAACCAAACUUCCCAACCACUGGACUACGUUUUGUCGGCCUAAUGUCUAUGAUUGACCCACCUAGAGCAGCUGUACCAGAUGCAGUUGCUAAAUGUCGAUCAGCUGGUAUCAAAGUUAUCAUGGUAACUGGUGAUCAUCCAAUAACGGCAAAAGCUAUUGCUAAAGGUGUUGGAAUCAUAUCAGAGAGUUCAAAAACUGUAGAAGAUAUUGCAGUUGAAAAAGGUGUUGAAGUCCAUGAGGUUAAUCCACGUGAAGCAAAUGCCUGUGUUAUUCAUGGAUCAGAUUUACGUGAAAUGACACCAGCACAAAUCGAUGACAUUCUAUUGAAUCACUCAGAAAUUGUAUUCGCUCGUACUAGUCCCCAACAAAAAUUGAUUAUAGUUGAAGGAUGUCAACGACAAGGUGCAAUUGUUGCUGUGACAGGCGAUGGUGUAAAUGAUAGUCCAGCUCUUAAACAAGCAGAUAUUGGUGUUGCUAUGGGUAUAGCUGGUAGCGAUGUAAGCAAACAAGCUGCAGAUAUGAUUUUAUUGGAUGACAAUUUCGCCUCUAUUGUAACUGGUGUUGAAGAAGGUCGUCUUAUUUUUGAUAAUUUGAAGAAAUCAAUUGCAUAUACACUGACAUCGAAUAUCCCGGAAAUCACACCAUUUUUAAUAUAUAUUAUCGUUGGUAUUCCGCUACCAUUAGGUACUAUUACAAUUCUAUGCAUCGAUCUUGGUACCGAUAUGAUUCCAGCUAUCUCUUUAGCCUAUGAAGAGGCUGAAUCAGAUAUUAUGAAACGUAUGCCACGUGAUCCUUUACACGAUCGGUUGGUCAAUGAACGUUUAAUUGCUAUGGCAUAUGGUCAAAUUGGUAUGAUUCAAGCACUUGGAGGAUUCUUUGUUUAUUUUGUAAUUAUGGCUGAAAAUGGAUUUUGGCCAAGAAAAUUAAUAGGUAUCAGAAAAGAUUGGGAUUCAAAAGCUGUCAAUGCAUUGGCUGAUUCUUAUGGACAAGAAUGGACUUACAGUCAACGUAAACGCUUGGAGUACACUUGCCAUACAGCAUUUUUUGCUGCUAUUGUAAUUGUUCAAUGGGCUGAUUUAAUCAUUUGUAAGACACGUCGAAAUUCAGUCUUUCAACAAGGAAUGUGGAAUCAGUAUUUGAAUUUCGCCUUAUAUUUUGAAACAGCACUAGCUUUAUUCCUUUCUUAUUGUCCAGGUUUAGACACAGCCUUGCGUAUGAUGCCUUUAAGGUUCACGUGGUGGCUUCCAGCUUUACCGUUUUCCAUAUUGAUUUUUGUGUAUGAUGAAACAAGAAGAUAUCUAAUUCGAAAAUCUCCUCCAGGUUCAUGGAUAGAAAGAGAAACCUACUAUUAAAAUACAUAAUAGACUAAUAUAAUGAAUGCCCUAUCUGUUGCAUGUGUGUGCAUGUGCAUAGGCAUAAUUUAGAAGAAGACCAGCACAUUCAUGCACAGACGCACACACAUGUGUCGGCUCAUUUCCCAUGAAAUUACAUCGAAGAUUAUAAAAUUGACUUUUCCCCCGUUUUUUCUUUCCGGUUCUUACUUUCUUUAAUCUUAUUUUUUCAUGUUAUUUAUAAACUACUUAUUGAGUAAUAAUUUUUUGAUUGUCAAACGUAAAGCCUAUUAUAAUCUAUAUAGCUGAAUGAAUGUAUAAAUACAUCCAUCUACAUGAAUAUGGAUUUAAGCGCCAGUCAGUUAACAUUUUCCAGCCAUAUACAACACAUAUGCAAUAAUACACCCUUAACUUACAUAACUUAUUUGUGAUUUCAAUUUUUGUUUAUUCUCUGUUUAAUUUAUUAGAGGAGUAGAUAUGUAAAAAGAAAAACUCAACAAAUAUAAUUGCCUGAGAGUGUUGUUCUUCAUAAA